AGGUCACUCUUUCAAAGCCUGGAAUAAAAACUGCAGCCAACUUCCGAGGCGGUCUCAUUGCCCAGCUGCCCCUAGCCUGUGACAGGUUCCAUCCGCCCUCCUUGACCCGCUCCGGGAGACCCUUUCCCAGAGGCUACUGUAUCCCUCGGUUUCAUCCGGCAGACCAUGGACAACUUUUGGUGGCACGCAGCUUGGGGACUUUGCCUCUUGCAGCUGAGCCUGGCGCAGCCCCAGAUCGAUUUGAAUAUAACCUGCCGAUACGCAGGAGUGUAUCACGUGGAGAAAAAUGGCCGCUACAGCAUCUCACGAACUGAGGCAGCUGACCUGUGCCUGGCUUUCAAUAGCACCUUGCCCACCAUGACCCAGAUGGAGAAGGCCCUGAGCAUGGGCUUUGAAACAUGCAGGUACGGCUUCAUAGAUGAGUCCGUGGUAAUCCCAAGGAUCAACCCCAAUGCCAUCUGUGCAGCCAACCACACAGGAGUGUAUGUCCUCACGUCGUCCAACACCUCCCGCUACGACACAUAUUGUUUCAACGCCUCAGCUCCUCUCGAAGAAGACUGUACGUCAGUCACAGACCUACCCAACUCCUUCGAAGGACAGGUCACCAUAACUAUUGUCAAUCGUGAUGGUACCCGCUACAGCAAGAAGGGCGAGUAUAGGACACACCAAGAAGACAUUGAUGCCUCAAACACGAUGGAUGAGGAUGUCAGCAGCGGAUCCUCCAGCGAGAGGAGCACCUCAGAAGGCUACAUUUUCCACACUAACCUUCCCACUGAACACCCGACUGGAGACCAGGAGGAUGACUUUUUCACCAUGACCAUCCAGACCACCAUUGCCUCAACUGUGUACUCAAACAGCCAUGCAGCAGCUCAGAAACAAAAUAAUUGGAUGUGGUUUUGGUUUGGUAAUUCACAAUCCACGACUCAGACUCAGGAGCCCACAACGACAGCAACUACAGCCUUGAUGACCACCUCAGAAACACCACCCAAGAGGCAAGAAGCCCAGAACUGGUUUUCAUGGUUUUUUCAACCAUCAGAGUCCAAGAGUCAUCUUCAUACAACAACGAAGAUGCCUGGUACGGAGUCAAAUACCAGCCCAGCAAGCUGGGAGCCAAAUGAGGAAAACGAAGAUGAAACAGACAAAUCCCCCAGUUUUUCUGGAUCAGGCAUUGAUGAUGAUGAAGAUUUUAUCUCCAGCACCAUUGCAUCCACUCCACGGGUUUCUGACCACACAAAACAGAACCAGGACAAGACCCAGUGGGAGCCAAUCCAAUCGAAUCCAGAAGUAGUACUUCAGACAACCACCAAGAUGACUGAUAGAGACAGAAACAGCACUGUUGCUCAUGGAGAGAACUGGACCCAGGAACCACAGCCUCCUUUCAAUCACCAUGAGUAUCAGGAUGAAGAGGAAACCCCACAUGCUACAAGCACAACCUGGGCAGCUACUAAUAGUACAACAGAAGAAGCAGCUACUCAGCAGAAGUGGUUUGAGAAUGGAUGGCAGGGGAAGUACCCUCCCACAGCGAGUGAAGACUCCCAUGUGAAAGAAGGGACAACUGUCACAACAGCCUCAGCCCACAACAACCAUCCAAGUCACAGAAUGACAACACAGAGUCAAGACGAUGUCUCCUGGACUGAUUUCUUCGACCCAAUCUCACAUCCAAUGGGACAAGGUCAUCAAACAGAAAGGAAGGAUAUGGACUCCAGUCACAGUACAACCCUUCAGGCCACUGAAGCUCCAAGUACCCACUUGGUGGAAGACUUGAACAGGACAGGACCACUUUCAGUGACAACUUCACAAAGUCAUUCUCAGAACUUCUCUACAUCACAUGGAGAGCUGGAAGAAGACAAAGACCAUACAACAACUCCUAUUCCGCCAACUAGCACUAGGAGUGGUAAAGAUGGAAGAAGAGGUGCAAGUCUUCCCAAAGAAGCAACCACUUCACUGGAAGGCUAUACCCAUCAUUAUCCAGACACAGUGGAAAAUGGGACUCUCAUCCCAGUGACCCCUGCUAAUACUGGGGUCUUUGGAGAAAUGACUGAAAUGACUGUUGCUGCAGACUCCGACUUUAAUGUUGAUGGUUCCCGACCAGGAGACGGAGAUUCAUUCAUCGACACCAGUGGGGGUUCCCGCACUGUGACUCAUGGAUCUGAAGUAGCUGGACACUCAAGUGGGAAUCAAGAUGGUGGGGUGAAUACAACUUCUGGUCCUGUGAGGAAACCUCAGAUUCCAGAAUGGCUCAUCAUCUUGGCAUCCCUCCUGGCACUGGCUCUGAUCCUUGCUGUUUGCAUUGCUGUCAACAGUAGGAGAAGGUGUGGGCAGAAGAAAAAGCUGGUGAUCAACAGCGGCAAUGGAACGAUGGAGGAUAGGAAGCCAAGUGAGCUCAACGGAGAGGCCAGCAAGUCUCAGGAAAUGGUACAUUUGGUGAAUAAGGAGCCAUCAGAGACUCCAGACCACUAUAUGACAGCUGAUGAGACCCGGAAUCUGCAGAACGUGGACAUGAAGAUUGGGGUGUAAUGCCUACACCAUUAACUUGAAAAGACACCACAAUUGGAGACAUGCCAUUACUGGGAGCUGGGACCCUUAACAGAUGCAAUGUGCUACUGAUUGUUUUUAUUGGGGAUAUUUUUUAGCAUAAAAUUUUCUAUUCCUUUUUUUGUUUUUGUUUUUUAAAGUCUGUUCCAAUUUAUGAAAAUAGCAUUGCUUUCUGAAAUGAGGGCCCAAAGAAUAUGCCAUUAAGAUUUUGACUCUUCCAGCUCCUUCCUAGAGGCCUUGAAUUCCCAGGGCGUGCUCCAGAUGGUUUCUAUCAAAUGCAUAUUCUUGAUCCCUAUUGAACCUUCUCCCUACCCUUAGUCCCAGGUAACAGCCACUAGCUAAGGACUUUCCCCAGAGCUUAGAGGGAUUGGUCUCUGGGAGGAAAUCUGAAUGGGUCCAUAUUGCCUAUCCAGCAGUCCAAUCCUUGGGCAUUGCUUUCCAGUGGGCUGGGAGAUCAGGUGUACUGGUUACACACCCUCUUUAUAGUUUCCCCUCUGUUGGAAAAUUUUCAGAUGCUUCUGAGAGAUCCCCAAAGGGUGAUGCUAUUUAUCUGUAGUAAGCUAUUUAUCUUUGUUUUUGAAAUAUCAAACCCUGGAGGUCCUUUGUUCAGAACAAUUUGUUUUUAUUUUUUGUUUUUGUUUGUUUAGGUUAUUUUUGUCAGAAGCAUAACAGGGUAUAAGUUGAUCUAAUAAAUACCUGUCCAUCUUCCAUCUUGA